AAAUGGGUAAAAUAGCCAAAAAUGUCUUUUCCCACAAAGUCUCAAUACCAAAUCCUCUUGCUUUGCUUAAGCAAAGCAAAAAGCAAGCCUUUUCGUCAAUUCUUUUCCUUUGGUUUCAUUUCCAUUUUCGAUGCGCUAUUUUUGCUUUAGAUUUUAAGUUCUCUGUUUUGAGAGACCAUAAACUAAAGCGAUCAUGGAAUCCGGGUUUAUGGAAACAUAGGGAACCACUCAGUCGAUUCGAUCAAGAAAGUGGCAAAAACCAGAUUCUAGGUAAAAAUUCCGACGCGCUAUUUUUGCUUUAGAUUUUAAGUUCUCUGUUUUGAGAGACCAUAAACUAAAGCGAUCAUGGAAUCCGGGUUUAUGGAAACAUAGGGAACCACUCAGUCGAUUCGAUCAAGAAAGUGGCAAAAACCAGAUUCUAGGAGAAAAUGUCUUGUUUUCUUGAGAUUUUGAAGUGUAUUCUGUGUUGUGAAGACGAGGAUAUUGGGAUUAUUGAUAACCGAACUUCUUUGAGAGAUCCUUUUAGUCGAACUUCGACUUAUAACACUUAUCAUCGUAGUUCCUCCAUAGAUGAAUCGUAUCGUAGUUCCCAAACUUGGAGUUACCCAAGUUCAUCCCUGAAUUCAUCACCAGGAAAUGAGUGGCUAUAUAAGAUUCAUUCAUCUACAACUUCAACCAAACCAUCUCAGUCCUCGGUUAAGCCAGUUCUAUAUCCUCCUAGUCUGCUGCCAUCAUUUGAAACAUCAUUUACGGCCCAGAAACCAUCUCCAUCACCUAAAGGAUUGACACCACCUAAACCAACCACACCGUCUCUGAAACCCUCUUCAUCGUCUUUUAAGCCAAGUCCAUCCCUUAAGCCAACUCUAUCAGAACUAGGGAAAGGAAAGUACAAAACACUCAAUCCAGAGGAUACAUUACCGAUUAAGCCGAUUCUAUAUCCUCCUAGUCCGCUUCCAUCAUUUAAAAUGUCAUUCACAGCCGAAAAACCAUCUCCAUCACCUAAAGGACUGACACCACCUAAAUCAACCACACCGUCUCCGAAACGCUCUUCAUCGUCUUCUAAGCCAAGUCCAUCCCUUAAGCCAACUCUAUCGGAACUAGGGAAAGGAAAGUACAAAACAGUCGAUCCAAAGGAUAUGUUACCGAUUUACAUGAUUCCAAAGGAUAUCGAGGAUUUAAUCAAGAGAGACAUUGUGCCUGAAGUUUUGAAAAAACCAUUGUCUGCCUCUACAUAUCAGGAUUUCUUUGCAGCCCUUCUAUAUGCUGAGGAUUCCUAUAUUGAGAAAUGGAGCAGUUUUGAGUUGGAGAAUGUAUCCAUGGAGUUGCAUUCAGCAACAAUCUAUCAAAAGUCAGGAAAAAACAAGCAUUCGAAAGCAAGUAAAAAGAUGGAUGAUAAAACUUUUGCAGUAUUUAAGGUGGAUUCUCUUUCUAUGACACGGCCAUUUCUUCUGUCAAGGGACUUCGUCUUUGCAAAACGUGUAGGCAAAGAAACCGAACCAUUUCAGGGUGUUUUGUAUCGGGUUGUGAAGAGCACGACCAUACUAGUCGAAUUCGGAGAGGAGUUUCAUUCUCAGCAUCAUUCAACCUGCAGAUAUAAUAUUAGUUUCUCGUUCAACAGAGUAUGUUUGAAAAGGGCUCACCAAGCGAUCGCAGCAGUGUCCGCUUCAUUAAUAGGAAAGUUUCUUUUCCCUAAUUCUUUCUCCCAACAUUCCAUGCAUAACUCGGAAUAUUAUAACCUUUAUGACCAUAAUCUCAAUCUAGAUGAAAAGUCUGCAGUUCAUCGUAUUUUGAACAUCCGAGCCCCUCCACCAUUUCUAGUAAAGGGUCCUCUCUGUGCAACUUUCAACGGUAAUUCCGAAUCCAUUUCAAAGCAACUUUCAAGAACUGGACUAGUUGUUAAAGAAGCAGUGCUGCAAAUUUAUCGACGUCACCCGCAAUCUAAAAUCCUUGUCUGCGCACCUAUAAAUAGCACAUGUGAUGUGCUAACGAGAAGCUUGAAAAUAGACAUUCCAGCAUCUGAUAUCUUCAGAGCCAAUGCUGCAUUCAGGGAGAUAGAGGGGGUUCCUAUCGAUAUUCUUCCGUCUUGCCUUUACAAAAGGGAUACCAAAUGUUUCAGUUGUCCUUCGCUCCAUGAACUAAGGGAAUUCCGAGUCAUAUUUUCAACUUUUACAAGUAGUUAUCGGCUGUACAAUGCCGGCAUAUCUGCCGGACAUUUUAGCCAUAUCUUUUUGGUGGAUGCUUCUUCAAGUACCGAACCAGAGACACUGGUGGCUUUGGCUAACUUUGCUGAUGACAGUACAACCGUGAUAAUUACCGGUGCACCCGGAAAUUGUUCAAGCACUGUCCGUUCAGAUAUUGCUAGGGAGAAGGGAUUGAGAAUAUCAUACUUCGAAAGGCUUUGCAAGCUUAGUCCAUUCAAGAAUGAUGACCCAAUGUUCAUUGCACAGCUUAAGGACCGAUCACUUUAGGGCUGUAAAUGAACAAAGCGUUCAAUUAACAAGUCAUGAACAAAGCUUGUUUAGUUAUUCUCAUUAACAAGCUCAUUUAUGUUCCUUUAAAGCUCAGUUAAAACUCUUUUAUUGUAUAUUAACAAAUUUGUUUUUUUUUUAGUGUUUAUAUUAUUUAUUUAUAA